ACAUUUCACAUCUGACAAUAUUCUCUCAAUAUGAGUCUUGUGACAGUACAGAAACCAGUUAAGAUGUCUUUCAGCAUUGACGAGCUAGCGAAGAGUAGUAGGGUUAACAGUUUAGAUCAUACUAAACAUGUCGGCAGCAUAUACGCUAAAUUCCAGAGCAUCGUCAGAUUUCAGCAAGAGAAUACGCCAGUGAAGUUACAAGCCACUGUCCAACCAAUGACCAGUACUCCUAUUUCGUUACCGCUCGCAAAUUCAAACAUAGAGCGACAACUCAAAAGAAAAAGGGAAAACGACUCAAUUUAUUCAGCAGAUAGCAGUCUUGAAUCAUCUGAAACCAAAUCAACAGACAGUCUUUCGUCAAUCUCAGACGACACGACUGAAAUACAAGACAAACCAAGUAAAAAGGCAAGAUGUAUGUUUACGUCAAAACAGAUUACAGAAUUAGAACAAUGUUUCUUAACGAACAGAUUUCUGCCUAUAGAAGACAGACCAAUAUUGGCUAAAAGACUGAAGCUUAGUCAACAACAAGUUAAAACAUGGUUCCAGAAUCGUCGAAUGAAAGAAAAACGCCUACAAAAACUUGGAACAACAACAGAAUGGCAGAAGAUGGCACAAGGUACACAGUUCAUUUCUAAGACAGCACAGUUUCCACCACAUGAGACCGGAUGUCAGCCCCAUACACUUCCAGGCUACUUCCAACACCAGUACCCAGGAUCACCAUUAACACAGAUUUAUGAUCCGAUGUCACUUAUGUAUGGAUACGGUCUAAUGUCGCCCGUUAUGCAUCCAGAGUACAGUCGACAGGUUUACAAUGGACUAUCUCCUCAGCCAAUAGAUCAACACAGAAUGUGA